CAAGCAUGCAUUUCGGAGGAAGCAAAGCUGUUCUCUCCCCGGUCCGUCUUCUCUUCGCAAGAGGAUUCCCUGUCCGCCUCAUCCAGUCCAUCUCUCACCAGACAAGCCCCGUCGGCUCCCAGCCCGCCGAGUACGCUGCAGCAAACCGUGGAACAGAGACGCUGGAUUACUCCCGAGAGAUCUCUCACCCCAAUGAGCUCAUGGCCUUCCGAGUGGUCAACGCGCCUCUGAUGAGCAAACAACCAUGCAAAGAUGACAUCAUCACCUGGGACGACCUCUUUCACAAAAAUGACCUGUAUUAUAGACAGUAGCUUGGAAUCGGACUCUUUGAAGGUCCUGGUUCCUGCAGCACCGACGAGCCAUGGCCUGUUAUGCCAAGGAGCUCUAUGUAUUCUAGGCUAGUAACCAUUAACAAGUUCUUGUCUAUCAUGUCAAUGAACUGAAUGUAUUUU